UCUGAAUACGCUAUCCAGCCAUUUCGUAUAAGUCCUCAUCCGUACUCGACUCCCCGUACCCAGUAUAUAAAUUGAUCGAGGGAAGGAGAUCCGCCGACGCACAAGUGCUACUCCGCCCACGCUGAAUCAGCCUCUCUUCUGAAGCAAGGGUCUAGCGCGUGUGGCAUCACCGCGUAGGUGGUGCCUAAAGAAACUCCUCCUUUGUUCGUGCUUGUGAACAGAAGGGGGAGUUUCCCAGGGCAAGAGAGGCACAGGAGAGAAUGAUGAAAUGAUGAUAAGGGUCCUCAACUAGUCUCAAAAGAGCUCUCUCUGCAGCCUCUUCAUCUCUUUUUAACGUCAUACCACUCCCUUUUCUCUCUUUCACAUUUUUCAUAAAAUAAGAAAUGAGAAUUCGGAAACUUUUACCAAUGGUAUCGAAGUGCAGAUGUGGAUUAUUACUAUAUAACUAAAUAUAGAGGUGCCUACAUGAUCCAGACAUCAGUGAAGGAAAAAGAGGUUUUCGAAAUUGAUAUUUGACUGUCGUCGGUUGAUUACUAUUUCUCUCGACUUUCAUUUCUUGUCUUCUUUCUAUUAUUCCUCUGGCCAAUAGUAUCAGUAUAUCACCACCGUGAAAAUAUAGAACCGCAUUAGUUCUAAACUCAAGCGUAUUAAAGUAUUUACAGACUUAUAUGAAUGAUUGAUCUUCACUUAUGAAAAGUUUGCAAAUAACAAAAAACUAUAUAAUAUAAGAUCAAGACUAAUGAGGAUGGCGUUAUCAAAAACCCGCUACGAAUUUCAAAAUCGCAGCUGACGAUUUACUUACUAUUAGGAUUCGCAGAUUAUAAGCGAAUCAAAAGAAAAUGCAGGAACAACACGAGCAGCGCCACGAAACGUUAGGCGAUUGCUGCUACCAGCAAUGGAUUAGUCACCACCAUCAUCAACUUCAGCAAUCACAAACAGAACCGCAAACGCAGAUUACUAGCAUUCCAUCACCGAUGCAACAAAUGGAAGCCUGUCUUCAGACAGCAAGCAACAAUGUUAAACAGCCACCAUCUCCAAGUCUCGCAGACACCGAGGGCAUCGACCACCCGUCCGAAAACAUCUUGGUAGAAAGUGUUGGGAACAACGACAGCAAUAACAACAUGCGCAACGAAGAAAGUAACGAUAUUGGCGAUGAAUCUGUUCAAACAAAAAGGCCGCUUCACCAAGCACUUGUCGGUGCCGGUGCUGCUCUCGAAGCAAGGCCACUUUGGGAAGAGUUCCACCAACUUGGCACCGAAAUGAUCGUCACAAAAGCAGGCAGACGCAUGUUUCCCACCUUUCAGUGUCGACUAUUUGGCCUCGAACCAAACACGGAGUAUCUGCUGGUGAUGGACUUUGUACCUUGUGAUGACAAACGUUAUAGAUAUGCAUUUCAUAGCAGUGCAUGGGUCGUAGCUGGUCGUGCUGAUCCUGUUUCGCCUCCAAGGAUCCACGUGCAUCCUGAUAGUCCAGCAAACGGUACUCAUUGGAUGAAACAACCUGUUUCUUUUGAUAAACUUAAGCUUACCAACAAUCAGCUGGAUGAUAAUGGACAUAUUAUUUUGAACUCGAUGCAUCGUUACCAGCCUCGCUGUCACGUUGUGGUAGCUCCUUCACCACCUGGCUCACUGCCAGAUCCUCGGAUCGAAAACUUCAAAAGCUUUUCGUUUUUAGAAACACGUUUCACUGCUGUUACGGCUUACCAAAAUCACCGUAUAACUCAACUUAAAAUCGCAAGUAAUCCUUUUGCAAAGGGCUUCCGUGACUGCGAACCCGAUGAUUGUGAUACAUCGAACGCUGCCUCAGCUGGCGUACAAAACUCAGCCAAGAGAUCAACUCCAUCCGAGGGAGUUUCUUACUCCACAAAUGGUGUACCGUUAUUUCAAGGGCUCACGACUCAGGAGCAGCACCAUCAGUUUUAUGUAACAUCACCCUCCGGACCCUGGUCCUAUCCUGGACAUCAGUCGGGACCUACACCUCAUUACUCUGGCAAUCAUGCACCACCGCUCUAUGGGCCACGGUAGAAGAACGAUUUUCUACAAAAUAAAAAAACUCAUUUAGUAUAUAGAGAAAG